AGAUUGAAAGAGACUAAUAUAGGCUGUAGGAGCUACAUUUACAGUGCCUCCUGUUUUCUCUGGUGCUAAUCCAACUGGAAUCUAAUAUAUAUAAACUUUUAAGGAGAAGAACAAGGACAAACAACUGGCUUGUGUGUGUGUGUGUAUGACAGAUAGUGUAAGACUGUGUAUGUAUGUGACGUUCUGUGUCUGGUAAAGGGGCCAGUGUAUGGAAUGAACCUGACCAGUAGGAUGGAGCUGAGGAUAACUUGUUUGCUUUGGCUUCUGUGCUGCUGUAGCAUGCUAUCUCUGACAGGCGGUUCUGAGGCGGAGCGGAAGCUGCUGCAGGAUCUGUUUCAGAAUUACAACCUGAAAGUGCGACCUGCUCGGGCCUGGAACGAGACAGUGAUGGUCAGAGUUGGAAUGACCCUAGUGCAGCUCAUUAGUUUGGACGAGAAGAAUGGAGGGAUGACAACCAAUGUGUACAUGAACAUGGCAUGGUCCGAUUACAGGUUAUCCUGGAAUCCGAAGGACUACGACAAUAUUGAUGUUAUCCGGAUCCCCCCUACCAAAGUGUGGCGUCCAGACAUAUACCUUAUUAACAACAAUGAUGGGCAGUUUGAUGUUGCUCUGUACGUGAAUGUGCUGGUUACCAGUGAUGGCACUGUUUCCUGGCUGCCUCCAGCUAUAUACCGCAGCUCCUGCUCAAUAGAGGUGGCAUACUUUCCGUUUGACUGGCAGAAUUGCACCAUGGUGUUUCGUUCAUAUACGUAUGAUGCCUCAGAGGUGGACCUGCAGUAUGGGCUGGAUGAGGAUGGAAAUGAGCUUCAUGAGAUCGUCAUCGAUAAAAAUGCUUUUACUGAGAAUGGAGAGUGGCAGAUCUGCCACAAGCCCACCAGGAAAAAUAUCCAGGAGGACCUGUAUGAGGACAUCACCUUCUACCUGAUCAUUGAGAGGAAACCACUCUUCUACAUCAUCAACAUCAUCGUGCCCUGCAUCCUCACUAGCAUUCUGGCUAUAUUUGUCUUCUAUCUUCCACCAGGGGCAGGAGAGAAGAUGACUCUGUCCAUCUCUGUGCUCAUCGCCCUCACUGUCUUCAUGCUCCUGCUGGCUGAUAAAGUCCCUGAGACAUCUCUGGGAAUCCCCAUUAUCGUGAACUAUGUAAUGUUCACUAUGAUCCUGGUGACGUUCUCUGUCAUCCUUAGUGUGGUGGUGUUAAACCUGCACCACAGGACCCCCAGCACACAUUACAUGCCCACCUGGGUGCGCAAGGUGUUCAUCAACUUCCUGCCUCCCUACCUGGGCAUGUUCAGGCCCCGCCCAGAAGAGCCUGUGGAGGAGGAGCCUAAAGAGGACCAACCACAGGGUCAUACUGACCGCACCCUCAGGCCCGGAGGAGAAUAUUUCAUCCGAAAGAUCAAUCCUGAGCUGGUCAUGCCAUGGAGGGGGAGUCGUCCCGAUACCACAGUGCAGCUGCAGAGGUUUUUUGACAGUGACAGCUACUGUCUGAUCCUGCCCCCAGACCUCAAAUCCGCCAUCGCUGCCGUCACCUACAUGGCCGAACAACUGAAAAAACAAGAUGUGAAUGAUACUAUUACAGAUGACUGGCAGUACAUUGCCAUCGUGGUGGACCGCCUCUUCCUCUGGCUCUUUGUUAUCAUCACCACCCUUGGCACUUUGGCCAUGUUUCUGGAUGCCAGCUUCAAUCACACACCUGACAACCCUUUUCCCUGA